UACUACCUACUACCAAAAAAUCCAAAAAUGUUGGCUUGACAUGUGGAAAGAAAGGAUUUUUUUUCAUGUGAUGAUGAGAAGGAAUGUAGGAAAAUGGGCACUACUGGAAAAUAAAAAAUUUGCGAAACCCUAAUCCUACUUUUAUCAGCUAACUCCUCAUCGUCUUCGCCGCUAUCGACUCUCUCAGUUCACUGUGUUUAGUUCCUCCAAAUUUCGUUUUCAGUGGUCACUUGAAUUUUGAUAAUGAGUAAGAAGAAAGUGCUGGUGUUCUUGGACAUAUGUAUUGACGGAGAUCCAUUAGAAAGGAUGAGUUUUGAGCUGUUCACUGAUGCUGCUCCAAAGACUGCUGAAAAUUUCCGUGCACUUUGUACCGGAGAAAAAGGAAUCAGCCCUAAGACUGGAGCACCUCUGCACUACAAAGGAACCUUUUUCCAUCAAAUUGUGAAGGGAUCUGUGGCUCAGGCUGGAGACUUACUAAGGAAAGAUGGGAACUAUGGAGAAAGUAUAUAUGGCGGAAAAUUUCCAGACGAGUCACCAAAGCUGAAACAUGAUAGCCCAGGUCUUCUAACAAUGGCGAUUGCUGAUCGUGAUACACGGGGCUCUCUAUUCAUGAUCACUUUUAAUGAGGCUCAUCAUCUUGACAGGAAAUGUAUUGUAUUUGGCAAACUCUUUAAAGGGCACGAAGUCCUUAAGAAGAUCGAAAAUGCGGGUAAUGAAGAAGGAAAACCAGAUGUCACUGUUAAGAUAGUAAAUUCUGGCGAAAUGCAUGGGAGUCGGCGUAAAAGGAAGCACAAGAAAUCUUCAAAGGAGAGAAGGAAGAAAAGAAGACGACACUAUACUCCAGAAUCAGAUAGUUCUACAGAUUCUGAUUCUGAAUCUUCUGAUUCUGAUAGUGCUUCUGAUUCUGACAGUGAUUCCGAUUCGCUCAUCUCCUCAUCAUCUGACACUUGCUCAUCCAGUUAUGAAAGGCGUAGCAGAAAGAGGAAGAGGUCCAAGAGAGAGAAACAUCGACGUGGGAAGAGAAGGGAUAAGCGCCGUGAAAGAAUGCGCAAGAAGCGUGAAAAGAAAUUAAAGCGCAAACUUAAAAGCUCCUCAGACGGUCACUCAGAAGGUGAGAGCAAAAGCAAUUCUGAAGGUGAUGCAAAAGUUCGUGGACUAGAAGGGGAGUAUAAAAGCACCGGAAAGAUACCCGAUGGAAAUCAGUCUCAUUCUAUUGAAGACAGGCAAGCUGCAUCUGUAAACCCGAAGAAAGGAGAGACUACUGCUGCCCCAAUUGAGACAGAAGUGGAUGAAUUUCCAAAAGAAAAUGGUGGGCAUAAAAAUAAUGUUGUUACACGUGAUAGAUCCGAUAAGAGUCCAGAAAGACAACCUGAUGUUGUAGACAAUAGCCCAAGCAAAUCUAGGAGCAGAAGUCCAAGCCCCCUUAAGAGGGCCUUGAGUAAGAGCAUGAGCAUUAGUCCGAGGCAGAGUUUCAGUGAAAGCCCUAGACGCAGUGUCAGCAGGAGCGCAAGUGUUGGCCCAAGCCCAAACAGUCGCAGUGCAAGUCCCGUGAAACGUGGAAGCAGGAGCGCGUCCAGAAGUAUCAGUAGAAGCCCUCCAGCAAGACGCGGCAGGAGUGUUAGCAAGAGCCCUUCUCCCCCUAUGCCAACAAAUAUUCGAAGGGGAAGAAACCGGAGUUCUACACCAAGAAGCGUCUCGCGUAGCCCACCAAGAACCUCUUCUAAGAAAUCCUUGAAGUCACAGAGUCGAAGUCCAGUUAGGUAUCCUAGGAGUCCUAGCAUGAGCCCUAUUAGGACUUCUCGAAGGAGUCCUAGCAGAAGUUCAGGCAGGGGGGUUGCUUCUAGAAGAGGUCCAAGUCGCAGCCCAGUUCGAGCUGCACCUUACAGAAAGAGUCAGCGUAGCUAUUCAAGGAGUCCUGUAAGUGCAGGUCGUAGGGACAGGUCACCAAGAUCUGGUCGUGGAAGGAGCUCAUCCAAGAGCCCUUCUGUUGAUGGGGGAUCUCCUAAGCGUAUUAGAAGGGGAAGAGGAUUCAGUGAGCAAUAUUCCUUUGUUCGCAGGUAUAGGAGCCGGUCUCCUGUUAGAUCAUCAUACCGCUAUGGCCGCAAUGAUCGUGACAGAUAUACAAGCUACAGGAGGUCACCUAGACGCUACAGGAGUCCAAAAGGAAGAACACCUCCUAGAUAUAGGAAUGGCCGAAGCAGGUCUCGUAGUGUGUCACGCAGCCCAAUACGUUACCGUGCACGGCGUCAUAGCCGAAGUCCCCUUCGAAGCCGUUCUCCACCGGGUAGGUUCCGUCCUUCACCACGUGCUGAGAGACAGCGCAGCAGGACUCCAUCGGCAGGAUCAAGGUCGUCUAGCAGAUCGCGAAGUCCCUCUCCUCGUCUGGGAAGUAGAGAAAAGUCAGUCUCACACUCUAGGAGCCCCCCUGCAAAGGGUGGCUUGGUUUCCUAUGGUGAUGGCUCACCUGACUCUAGUAGAGAUUGAACCCAAUGCGUGGGCUUAUGCAUGGGGAAAUAUUUCCCCAUUGGUCAUUUGCGGCUCGUUUAUUGAAAAAAAUCUGUGGGUUUAUUUCUGUGCUUACAUCCAAUGUUAGAAUCUUUCUGGACUUAAUUUGGUGUGAUGGUAUAUUAAUAGCAGAAUAAUUUACGCAUUAUCGUGUUGUAGUGAAUGUGUUUAGACUCCGAGGCGUCUUUGCCUUGGGCAUGACUUGGGUAAAAAUGGGAGAUCAUAAAUUUUGUGAUGUUUUUCAUAUUUAUUUGAACAUUUUCUGAUUUGAUGUUUUGCAUUAUUCAUGCUUAUGGAGACAUUCAAUAUUGCAUUA